AUGACAUCCUUUCAAGAAGUCCCAUUGCACAUGUCCAACUUUGCACAUGUUAUCUUUCAAAAUGUGGCCAAGAGUUAUCUUCCUAAUGCACACCUGGAAUGUCAUUACACCUUAACUGCACAUAUCCAUCCACAUCCAAAAGAUUGGGUUGGUAUAUUCAAGGUUGGAUGGAGUACUGCUCGUGAUUAUUAUACAUUUUUAUGGUCCCCUAUGCCUGAACAUUAUGUAGAAGGAUCAACAGUCAAUUGUGUUCUAGCAUUUCAAGGAUAUUACCUUCCAAAUGAUGAUGGAGAAUUUUAUCAGUUCUGUUAUGCUACCCAUAAGGGUGAAAUACGUGCAGCAAGUACACCUUUCCAGUUUCGAGCUUCUUCUCCAGUUGAAGAAUUGCUUACUAUGGAAGAUGAAGGAAAUUCUGACAUGUUGGUGAUGACCACAAAAGCUGGCCUUCUUGCGUUGAAAAUUGAGAAAACCAUGAAAGAAAAAGACGAACUAUUAAAGCUAAUUGUUGUUCUGGAAAAAGAAACAACACAACUUCGAGAACAAGUUGGAAGAAUGGAAAGUGAACUUAAUAAGGAGAAAGAAAAAUGUGACCAACUACAAGCAGAGCAAAAGGGUCUUAUUGAAGUCAAAAGUUUAAAAAUGGAAAAUGAAGAGCUGAAGAAGAGAUGCAGUGAUGCUACAUCCAAAGCUCUCCAACUUGAAGAAGAUAUUGUGUCAGUGACACAUAAAGCAAUUGAAAAAGAAACGUAACUAGACAGCUUGAAAGACAAGCUUAGGAAGGUACAACAUGAAAGAGAACAACUUGAAAGUCAGUUAAAGACAGAAAAGGAUGAGAAGGAACUUUAUAAGGUACAUUUGAAGAACACAGAAAUAGAAAUUACCAAGCUUGUGUCAGAGGUCCAGACUUUAAAGAAUUUACAUGGGAACAAAUAAAGCGUGAUUACUCAUGUCAAAGAAGAGAAUGGUAGACUGCAGUUCUGUUUGGCUGAAAAGGAAAAUCUUCACAGGGCUUUUUUGCUUAUCGCUUCAAAUAAGGAAGGUACGUUUGUUUUAAAGGAGCAACUUCAUAAGGCAGAGGAACAGGUUCAGGCAACUCGGCAAGAAGUUGUCUUUCUGGCUAAAGAGCUUAGUGAUGCUGUCAAUGUAUGAGAUAAGACGAUGGCAGAUCUACAUACUGCACGUUUGGAAAAUGAGAAAGUAAAAAAGCAGUUAGCAGAUGCAGUGGCAGAACUUAAACUGAAUUCUGUGAAAAAAAAUCAGGAAAAGACUGAUACACUGGAACACGAGCUGAGAAGAGAAGCUGAAGAUCUGAAACUUCUUCAGAUGGCGGCAGACCAUUAUAAGGAAAAAUUCAAAGAAUAUCAGAGACUCCAGAAACAACUAAAUACACUUUCAUACCAAUCAGCCAAUAAUAAUAGUGUCCUCACAAAGAAAAUUGGGAGUCAGCAGAAAGCGAAUGAUGCCUCAAUAAACACAGACCCAGUUACUACUGCUUCCGCAGCUGAGACCGAGUUUGACAUGGUAACAAAGGGGCAAGCCUGUGAAAUGACCAAAGAAAUUGCUGAAAAAACAGAAAAGUAUAAAAAAUGUAAACAACUCUUGCAGGAUGAGAAAACAAAAUGCUAUAAAUACGCUGAUGAACUUGCAAAAAUGGAGCUGAAAUGGAAAGAACAAGUGAAAAUUGCUGAAAGUGUUAAACUAGAACUAGCUGAAGUAGAAGACAAUUAUAAACUUCAGUUGGCAAAGAAAGACAAAGAAAUAAAUGGUCUAACUUCACACUUGGAUAACAUCUCCAGGGAGAAGGAAAUUAAAAGGAGUCUAGAAAAUCAAGCAGAAAGAAAAAUGGAAGGUCAGAAUUCCCAGAGUCCACAGCAGGUCUCACAAUGUCUCAACACAUGCUCAGAGCAAAAUGGUCAUGUUCCUGCAGUGCCAAAUAAACAACCAGUUCUGCAGUAUGGUAAUCCUUAUGCAGCACAAGAAACAAGAGAUGGAGCAGAUGGUGCUUUUUAUCCAGAUGAAAUUCAGAGGCCACCUGUUAGAGUACACUCUUGGGGACUGGAAGACAAUGUUGUCUGCAGCCAACCUGCUCGAAACCUUAGUCGGCCUGAUGAUUUAGAAGACCCUGAGGAUAGCAAAGAAGACAAGAAUGUACCCACUGCUCCUGAUCCUCCAAGUCAGCAUUUACACGGGCAUGGAACAGGCUUUUGCUUUGAUUCCAGCUUUGAUGUUCACAAGAAGUGUCCCCUCUGUGACUUAAUGUUCCCUCCCAACUAUGAUCAGAGCAAGUUUGAAGAACACGUUGUAAGUCACUGGAAGGUGUGCCCAAUUUGCAGCGAGCAGUUCCCUCCUGACUAUGACCAGUUAUGCUUUGAAAGGCAUGUUGAGACCCAUUUUGAUCAGAAUGUUUUAAAUUUUGACUAGUUACUUUUAUUAUGAGUUAAUACGGUUUAGCAGUUUAAAAAAAUCACCUCCAGUAGACCACUUAGGAGACUACAAGGUGUAGCUUCACCCUUCCAUGCACCCUCUUCCACACUUCUGACCAAGAGCUACUUUGCAGUUUGGUGUUGUUACUAAGGUUAGGGUUGAUCUUUGGCUUAUCAAUAAAUAUAAUUUUAACCUCUGUUAAUCU